AUGAAUAAGUUUGACACGCCUACUCUAGCCCACUACCAAAGUAUUGAAGGGCAGAUAAUCUCCAAGGUUGAUGACCUUAAUUACUCCAGAACAGAGCAAAGCUCUGGUUGGUUGUCUUCAUUUUCAAAGAAAGACCAAGUAGGAGGUGGGAAUGGAGUAGAAACACAGCAUAGAAAACUGAGCAUCAAGAAACCUUGCGAUGAAUUUACCUUAGCCAGAUAUUGUAAGGUGCAUAAGGGAGGACAAAAGUGCAGAAAGAUAAACUUCAGAGCCACUGCGUAUCAUCAGGUCAGCAAAUUGUGCAGUCAAGAUCCUUUGAGACAUCCCGAAUCCGGGGGGUCACGCAAAAAGGAAGUAAAACCAAGGGAAACCAUAUGGAGUAAAAGAUACAAAACCCAGAAGAUUAUCCAUAAAAGUCAUCAGAUUUACCACAAUAAAGUCAAAACUAGAAGGAUGGAGGUUAUUCGCGGCAAAGAUGCUAAAGAAAAGAUUGAUGUAUGA